CUUAAUCUCCACAAACAGCUGCUGACUAUUUCACACAAAGUAUCUCCAGGAGACAGAGAUUAUUAUGUUUAGUCGUUGCCAUACGUCACAAUAUCACGCCCUCUGUCAGAUCAACGACUCUUUACACCGACAACUUAAGUCACUAAUUACAAUGAAACUACAAUAAAUACCUUAGGAACUUUGUGGAAGUUCAGACCAAAGUUUCAGUCAGUCUUGAAGUUUGUUUUUCAUACGAACAUCUAGAAAACCUUUAAAAGAUGCGUCAAGUCAUCAUUUUAGUUGUGGUUAGUGCCGUAGUAGGAUCUGCCAUGUCCUACGCCAGGCACCCUAGAGCAUUAUCUGAGAACCUUGAGAAUGACAUUGCCAAGCGAGGUCUGCUGGGAAAUGUUCCAUUAGUCGGAGACGUCCUGCAGGGAACAGUAAGUGGCUUGGUCAACAAAGUUGAACCCCUUCCUCAAAAUCUGAUCAGAAAUCCUUCUGGCACUUUGAAAAGCCUUUUUGGAGAGAUCCCCUUUGUUGGACCUUUAACCUACGGAGUUCUCAACACCGUCGAGGAUGUCGCUGGCGGACUUCCGAUCGUCGGCGGACUGGCUCAGGACUUGGUGAACAACCCAACCGGAUCCAUUCAAAACAUUGCCAGCCAGCUGCCCAUUGUUGGCGGACCAGUCAAAGGACUUCUUAAUACUGUUGAUGGUGUAGUUGACCCGCAAGGGGCACUUUUUAGCAUUCUGAACCAGAUUCUCAACAAUGUUGUUUGAUGUUUUUUUUUAUGAAGAUUAAGAAAAAAACAAC